UGUGACGCGACAAGCGAGACUACCAGAGACUAGGUAUUCAUUUGGCCACGGUUUGAAUAAAAGAUAUUGCGAAAAAAAUGGUAGAGGUGAACAUUAGCUUUGAAUAACACUAGUGAUUGUUAUAGAAAAAAAUUCACGUACAACCAAAAAUUAUACGCGCAGGCAUCCAUAAUAUCCGCACGGUCAUAACAAAUAUUAGGUUAUGGUACCGAUAAGCUGUGUCUUAACACAACAAUCAUAAAAUCUUUAGGCACACACCUCGUUUGAAGUCACGUGGGGUUACAGUAACUACAGAAACCUGUUAUCAAAGUGUGCCCCACUAAAAUUUAGUUACUUAUCAGCAAUACAUAUAUAUUUCAGAAUGGCAGAACUUAAGGAAUUACCAGAGUUGCAGGUCUUUAAAACUGUUCUCUGUCACAGUAUCGUUAUAAUAGCUUUUCCAGCAAUUUCAUUCUUUUUGAGUAAAGUAUUUGUAUUUGAUGGGCUUCUGGGGAUUAACAGUGUGCCAAGUAAUAUUUAUGCAGCAGCAGUUGCAGUUGUUGUGCUGCACAUUGCACUAGGAGCAUUUAUAUAUAGAGCAUACUUUACUUCGCCAUCAAAACCACAAGCUAAGACGGAUUAAUUCCAUUUCUCUAAUCGGCACACCAAUGAUUACUAUAAUAGAGCAUACCUUUUUAUAUGACACACCUCAGAUCUUUGCAGGGAACUUAUUUGAUGGCAUAUGAUUUUUCAAAUGCACUUAUCUUUGAUAUUUUUUCUGGUUUGAUCUACGCGACAACAAUAAUUAUACUAUGUUGAAUAAAUAUGGAAAUAAUAUGUAAUAAAAAUGAACAAACAGUA